GUGCUCGGGCCGCGCCCGUUCCUGCCGGGAACAUGGCGGCCGUGUCCGUGCUGAGCGCGCCCGCCGGCGGCUUCAGCUUCGACAACUGCGCGCGGAACUCGCUCCUGGAGGCCGAGCUCGCCCAGAAGGGGCUGCAGGUGCCCGCGCCGCGCAAGACGGGCACCACCAUCGCCGGCAUCGUGUUCAAGGAUGGCAUCGUCCUGGGAGCGGAUACGAGAGCAACCGAGGGGAUGGUUGUUGCUGACAAGAACUGUUCAAAAAUACACUUCAUUUCCCCCAAUAUCUAUUGCUGUGGUGCUGGAACAGCUGCAGACACUGAGAUGACAACUCAGCUGAUCUCCUCCAACCUGGAGCUCCACUCCCUGUCCACGGGACGACUUCCAAGGGUUGUCACGGCCAACAGGAUGCUCAAGCAGAUGCUGUUCAGGUACCAAGGCUACAUCGGCGCUGCCCUGGUUUUGGGGGGAGUGGACGUGACGGGCCCUCACCUGUACAGCAUCCACCCCCAUGGAUCCACUGACAAGCUGCCCUACGUCACCAUGGGUUCUGGAUCACUGGCAGCCAUGGCAGUGUUCGAGGAUAAGUACAAACCUGACAUGGAGGAGGAGGAGGCCAAGCAGCUGGUGAGAGACGCCAUCGCAGCCGGGAUCUACAACGACCUGGGCUCCGGCAGCAACGUCGACAUCUGUGUCAUCAGCAAGAACAAGCUGGACUUCAUCCGGCCCUACGACGUGGCCAACAAGAAGGGGGACAGGUUUGGCAGGUACAAGUGUGCAAAAGGAACGACUGCUGUUCUCACAGAGAACGUGGCUCACCUGGAGCUCGAGGUGCUGGACGAGACCGUGCAGACCAUGGACACGUCCUGAGCUCCGACUGUGGCUCUGUCUGGCCCAAUAAAGAGGCUCUGCCCCCUCCCUGUC